CCCAAUCUACUUGCUCCGCUCGUUUCUGGUUUUUAAUUAUCAAAUCGGCGCUGUUACAGUUUGGUUUUUACUCUUUCUUGCCACUGAUUUUGCACUUCUGUCACGCCCGAUCAUCUGUUUUCUAUGGCUGCUUUUGGACUUUUGUAGAUAUUUCCUGGUUUUGUCUUGUCUUUCAGUACAACAAAUCUCAGCUUCGAAUCGUGUGGAGUACACUUGUGUAGCGUGAUUUUUUUUUGAAGAGAUUUGUAGCAUUUGAGCUGAAAGACACACAGUGCGCCGAAUUGGAGAGAAAUAUUAAGCUUAUUUCACUGGCAAUUUCGCAAAGAAAAUCUGCAGAGUGCAGUCUUUUUGGAGCCAGUCUGGUAGAAGUUGCAUAGAACAAGGCAAUGAAAUCUGUUACUGAAAUCAGUGGGGUUCCAAAGGAAGAUCUUUCUAGCAUUCCAGCUUCAGCUCAUCCCACUGCUGAAGGUCCUGCAGAGGUGGCAGCUAACAUAAAAUAUCAUGCUCAGUACACCCCUCAUUUUUCGCCUUUAAAAUUUGAGCCCGAACAAGCAUUUUAUGCUACUGCUGAUAGUGUUCGAGACUCUCUGAUUCAGAGGUGGAAUGAAACCUAUCUCCAUUUUCACAGAGAAAACCCAAAGCAAACAUAUUAUCUUUCUAUGGAAUAUCUUCAAGGACGUGCACUGACAAAUGCAAUUGGAAACCUUGGCAUUACUGAUGCAUAUGCUGCUGCUCUCAACAAGUUGGGUCAUGACCUUGAGAAUAUAGUAGAGCAGGAACCAGAUGCAGCAUUAGGUAAUGGAGGUUUGGGUAGGCUUGCAUCUUGUUUUCUUGAUUCAAUGGCAACCUUAAACCUUCCAGCAUGGGGUUAUGGGUUGCGCUACAGAUAUGGUUUAUUCAAACAAAGUAUCACAGAGAAGGGCCAGCAAGAAUCUGCAGAAAAUUGGCUUGAGAAAUUCAGUCCAUGGGAGAUCGUCAGGCAUGAUGUCGUCUAUCCUGUAAGAUUCUAUGGCAAAGUGGAGGUUUGUGCAAGUGGAGUCCACAAAUGGGUUGAUGGGGAACAACUCCAAGCACUGGCAUAUGAUGUUCCAAUUCCUGGAUAUGGGACAAACAAUACUAUCAGUCUUCGCCUUUGGGAAGCAAAGGCUCCUGCUGAAGAUUUUAACCUUAAUGAAUUCAAUGAUGGGCAGUAUGAGAAUGCUGCACAUCUUCACUCAAAGGCUCAACAGAUAUGUGCUGUUUUGUACCCAGGAGAUGCCAAAGAGGAAGGAAAGCUUCUUCGUUUAAAGCAACAGUUUUUUCUCUGCAGUGCCUCUUUACAAGAUAUAAUAGCGAGAUUCAAAGAGAGAAGAGUUGAAAAUGAACCCAUUGCAUGGAACGAAUUUCCCAGUAAGGUUGCAGUACAAAUGAAUGACACACAUCCAACAUUAUCUAUUCCUGAGUUAAUGCGGAUUCUAAUGGAUGAUGAAUGCCUUGGAUGGGAUGAAGCAUGGACUGUCACAACAAGGACAAUUGCUUACACCAAUCACACAGUUCUUCCUGAAGCCUUGGAAAAAUGGUCAGUAGCUCUUCUAACUAAACUGCUUCCCCGUCAUAUGGAGAUAAUAGCAGAAAUCAACAAGCGUUUUCUAGAAAUGAUACAUUCUUCGCAUCCUGAUAUGGAGAACAAAUUCAAUAAUAUGUGCAUCCUAGAUGAUUCAAAUCCUCAAAAACCUGUUGUGCGCAUGGCAAACUUGUGCGUUGUAUCGUCACAUACGGUCAAUGGAGUUGCUAUGUUGCAUAGCAAUAUUCUAAAGGAUGAACUGUUUCGAGAUUAUGUCUCGUUGUGGCCAGAGAAAUUUCAGAACAAAACUAAUGGUAUUACCCCUCGCCGAUGGCUGCGUUUUUGCAAUCCUGAGCUGAGUGCAAUUAUCACAAAAUGGCUAAAGACAGAUCAAUGGGUCACCAACCUUGAUCUUCUUAGAGGCCUACGCCAAUUUUCAGAUAACAGUGAGCUGCAAAGUGAGUGGGCCUCGGCUAAGAUGGCCAACAAAAUUCGCUUGGCCCAGUACAUUUUUCAAGUAACAGGAGUGAAAGUUAAUCCAAACAGUCUCUUUGAUAUUCAAAUCAAACGCAUCCAUGAGUACAAACGUCAGUUGUUAAAUAUCUUGGGUGCCAUAUAUCGGUACAAGAGAUUGAAGGAGAUGAGUGCAGAGGAACGAAAGAAAGUAGUGCCCCGGACUAUUAUGAUUGGUGGGAAAGCAUUUGCAACAUAUACCCAGGCUAAAAGGAUUGUGAAGCUUGUGAAUGAUGUAGGAGCUGUUGUGAACAAUGACCCAGCUAUUGGGGAUCUUUUAAAGGUGGUCUUUAUCCCAAACUACAACGUGUCAGUUGCAGAAAUUCUAAUUCCAGGAAGUGAGCUAUCUCAGCAUAUCAGUACAGCUGGAAUGGAGGCAAGUGGCACUAGCAACAUGAAAUUUGCAUUGAAUGGGUGUCUGAUAAUUGGUACACUUGAUGGUGCAAACGUAGAAAUCAGAGAAGAGAUAGGCAAAGAUAAUUUUUUCUUGUUUGGUGCUGAAGCCCAUGAUGUACCAAAGCUACGAAAAGAGAGAGAACAAGGCCUGUUUGUUCCUGACCCUCGUUUUGAGGAGGCAAAGAAUUUUGUAAAAAGCCGCGCUUUUGGUGAUUAUGACUACACUCCACUGCUGGACUCACUUGAAGGAAACAGCGGUUAUGGGCGGGGUGAUUAUUUCCUUGUAGGUUAUGACUUCCCAAGCUACAUGGAAGCUCAAUCUCGAGUUGACAAUGCAUACAAGGAUACCAAAAAAUGGAUGAAAAUGUCAAUCUUAAGCACUGCUGGCUCUGGUAAAUUUAGCAGCGAUCGAACGAUCUCUGAAUAUGCCAAAGCAAUUUGGAAGAUCCAGGAGUGCAGGGUUCCUUAAAUUAGAGCAAGGAUGACAAUCCAGAUGGUCUGAAAUGUCUAUUCUUCUUGGGUGCAACUUAACAGAAGUUUGGAACUAUCCAAAGGUGGUAGAAUAAAUUUUCUUACAUUUUGAUAGAUGAGUUUGUGCUGACAAGCAUGGACACGUUGAAAAGAAUGCAUUGUAGCCUUAUUUCUUGAGAAAUCUCUGUAUUAGUUGGCUUUAUUCUUAAAUUACUAAUUUCUGGUUAAAAAAUAAUUUGCCUAUACCCAUGGCACUUCUAUUGUUUCUUCCUACAUCCUUAGUCUGCUUGAGGUUCAGAAUGUUGCAGAAUAAUAGUCCAAAAGAAUCACGAGGGGAAUUAUGUCACAAAAGUGCCCCCCUUAGAAACAAUUGGAAUCGGAUGUAUUGAACUAGUGCUAAUUAGUAUAUGUUUCUGAAAUAUUUCAGCCCUUAAUUUAUGCAAUAGAAGCAAAUUCUGGUGA